UCAUGCUGUGGCAACCUGGCACCUAACAGGUGAGGAAGAGCCUGACGGGAUUACUGCUGGCAGGAGCCAAGGGCAGGACAGCCUCACCCCAGAAGCAGGGGUGGGCAGGACAGCUGCCCUGCCGAGGUUGGCAGUUCCAGGGAGCCUGGUGAGGAGCUCAUUCAAGCUCUGCUGACCCACAUGGCUUAGACGCAGCACCUUGCUGAGCAGCAGCUGUUCCCAGCUCCAGAGGACCCCACAGCAGGAGUAGGUGCUUUGUGAUCCGCUGUGCAGCUGCAGCUGGGGCUGCAAUCACCAGGCAAGAGGACCAGCCCCGCUGAUGGGAAGCAGCAGGACAGAAGCUACAGAGAGGAAGGCCUUGGUUUUUGCAGCAGUUUCCUGAUGCCCAGAAAGAUUAUUGGUUUUCUUUCUGGUCUCAGGUGGGGCUCCUUUCCCCAGGCCAAGGAGUCAGGCCAGGAGAGCCCGUGAGUGUGAAGAGGACUCUUGCAUGGAAUGCAGGCCCCCUGAAGCCCGUGUGCUCUCUGCUGUGAUCAGAGUUCCAGGACUUCCCCACUGCUGGGGAGGAGGGGCUGCCUUAGUGUCUGCUCAUGAGCCACAAGGACCCCGACUGUUCCAGACUGGACCUUUUCAAGCCGCCAAAGAGGGGGGUCCCUGGAGCUGGCAGCCGGCAGUCACAAGGGACUAGAGGGCUGGGAUGGACUGACCUCUGCCUUGACAGGGUGGCAGGAGAAGCAGAGCCUUUGUGGCCCAGCUAGUGACUGAGAGACCUGAUGAAGCCUUAAGCAGAGGCUCCAGUGGCUCAGGGACGGGGGGAGGGCGGGGGGCUUCUUCUGUAGACGGGCGUUCUCCUUUUUUGAGGGAGGGUGUGGCAAGGGUCCCCUGCCCCACCUCGUGCCCCUAUGCCCUUUACAAGUGCUGCCAAAAGAAGCAGGCUGCACCGUGGCUGGCCCCACAGUGGGCUGGGAAAGGAUUGGCCACGGUGACAGCCGCCCCGUGGCCAGCACGAUGAAGUGCUCCCUGCGGGUGUGGUUCCUCUCUGUGGCCUUCCUGCUGGUGUUCAUCAUGUCCUUGCUCUUCACCUACUCACACCACAGCAUGGCCACCUUGCCCUACCUGGACUCGGGGGCCCUGGGCGGAACACACCGGGUGAAGCUGGUGCCAGGCUAUACCGGACUACAGCGCCUUGGCAAGGAGGGGCUUUCGGGGAAAAGUUGUGCCUGCAGUCGCUGCAUGGGUGAUGCUGGCACCUCUGACUGGUUUGACAGCCACUUUGACAGUAACAUCUCACCUGUCUGGACCAGAGAUAACAUGAAUCUCCCCCCGGAUGUCCAAAGGUGGUGGAUGAUGCUGCAACCCCAAUUCAAGUCACACAACACCAAUGAGGUGCUGGAGAAGCUGUUUCAGAUCGUGCCUGGCGAGAACCCCUACCGCUUCCGGGAUCCCCAACAGUGCCGGCGCUGUGCUGUGGUGGGAAACUCAGGCAACCUUCGGGGCUCUGGCUAUGGGCAAGAUGUGGACGGCCAUAACUUUAUCAUGAG